AUGGUGUAUAAAAGAAUAGGGAAAAGGAAAAGGAAAAAGUUAGGAUACAAAGACUGGUGGGAUAAGGAGUGCACGAGAAAGAAACGAGAAAUAAUAAGAAGAUAUAGGAAAUGGAAGAAAGGUACAGGUAGGAGGGAAGAUUUUAUAAACAGCAAGAGAGAACUUCAGGAGUUGUUGGUAAAGAAGAAGGCAGAGAAGAGAGAAAAGGAAAUGCAGCAAUUAAAAGGGUUAAGGAAUGAGAAGGAGAUAUGGGAUUUUAUAAAUAAACGGAGGACAAAAAGAGAAUGGAUCAACAACGAAAUCCACAAAGAAGAAUGGAGAAAGUAUUUUAUGGAAUUGUUAGAUGGACAUGAGAAACAUACAGCAGAGGAAGAGGAACAUCAGAAGAGAGAUGGCAGCCAGCAGGAAGAGUCAGAAGAUAGAAAGGUUCGAACAGAAGAGGAAAUAAGGAUAGAAAAGGAAGAACUGCAGGAGUUGGAGUCGGAAGAAAUUUGGAGAGCGGUGAGGAAACUCAAAAAAGGAAAAGCAUCAGGGAUUGACGGGAUUCAAAUGGAGGCCUGGAAGUAUGGAGGUGUCACGUCCGGGGAGGUGAGAACGUUGCUAACCUGGUUUCUGUGCUAA